AUGUACAAGGUAUUGGAGCGCAUUAUCCUGGACCGACUCAUUAAACAUAGCGAAGAAACAACGCUCGACGAGAAAGCUGGCCGAUCUACGAUUGACCAGGUGUUCAUCGUCAGGAAAGUGAUCGAAAUCUGGCAGCGACGUCAAGCCGAUAUAAUUCUAGCACCAUCAGGACACCUCUUAACCGAUCUCCAGUACGCUGGCGAUGUUGUUAUAUUUGCGGAAAGCAAUACGAAACUUCAACAUGUUGUCAACCUUGUAUGGAAGCUGGCUGCAGCUGAUGGACUACGUCAACGCCCUGAUAAAUGCAAGCAGACGUGGAUCUCCUCGAGACCUCGAACGGGAAUCAAGGUAGACGCACAACCGAUAGAACUCGUCGAGACCGGUAGAUCGCCUUUUUCAACGAAUUCUGAAGGGUUUGUUGGGUUCGAGCUGGAAGAAGCCACGUGGCCGCAAACGGAAGUUUUGGACCAAGGUGGUGGAAGAGGACCUGAGGACACUCGGCGUGGAUAG